AGCGUCUUUCCUGUUGUCGGCUCUUCGUUCUAUCCCGCCAUAGCCACUUGUCCCUUUGCUGCCGAGAGCGCCAUAGCUCGCAGCGGGAAGGGCUUUCCUCUUUCGUCUCUCUUUAAGAUUCCUGCGAAUCGGGGAACAUCGCUGACUCUUAGCCAUCGCAAUGGCGGCGGCGCGCAGCGCUUUUCUGGUGAUGGCGGUCUUUGUAGCGUCUGUGUUCGCUACCACUUGCGCGGCAGAUCUCUUUGACACUCUCCAGAGCGAUCAACGAUUCAAGGUCGUGGUUAAGGCCCUCGUCGACACGCAGGAAGUUGACGCUCUCCGAGAUCGGUCCAACGGAUCGGUGCCGUUCGUCUUCAUCGCGCAGACGGAUGCUUCCCUCCAAGAGGGUCUCGGACCUGAUGGUCUGGCGUGCAUCACCCGGCCCGAGCACGUUAAGGACCAUAUGGUCCAGAUUCUGCGAUUCAUGGAGGUGGGACCCUUGUCGCGUCCGGUGAAGACGGCAGCGGAUCUGUCGUCGGUUGCAGUCGACGGCAAACUGCCGACCAUCAACGGCAUGCCGAUCUUCGUGGAGCCUGCGUCGACGGCAAGCAGAGUCAUCCUCAGCGGCGAUGCUGAGCAAGAGCAGUUCUCGGCGACGGUGGCGGAGGUGAAGCAGAUCAACGCGAACGUGACGCUGGUCGUCGUUGCGAACGGUUUCCUUGUCUCUGCGCAGGUCGACGAGCAAAUCGCGAUGGCCUGCUUCCCGCCCGCGGCAUCGUCGUCCUCCCCCGCAGUUCCCAUCGCCGCGUCGUCCGCGCAUGCGCCGUCAUCGAAGAAUGCCCCGUCGUCGAAGAAUGCCCCGUCAUCAAAGGCUGUGGAGUCGGCUCCGUCUUCCAUGGGGCUCUGGAGAAAGUUGCUCCGGGGUUACUGAUUGCAAGAGCUGUGUUUGUGUGUGUGUGUGUGUGGAGAGAGAGAGAGAGAGAGAGAGAGAGAGAGAGAGAGAGAGAGAGACUUACAUUUGCGCUCGUGUCCCAUCAUUAGGUCGC